CAAAGAAAAUUACAAUUAAUAGGCAUGGACUGUCAAGCCUUUGAUCAAUCUAGUUGGCAAGUUUCUUGGACUACAAUUCUUGUUGGCGCCUUGGUUCAAUAUGUAGCAGGCACCCUUAUUUAUGGACCAUUAUUCGGUAAAGAUUGGCUGGGCGCUAUGAAUAAGGAUAAGGGCAAUGAAAGGUGGUUUCCUAAAAACGAAAAUAUAAGAUACCGCUUCUUUGGCGCGUUUUUUCUGGGCGCAGCUGAAAGUUACGUUUAUGGAGUUCUUUUAAACUUGACUGGAGCUAAAACGUAUUUGCAUGCUUUUCAAUUGGGCUUGAUUAUUUUCCUUGGCUGCUUCACACCUAUGAUUGCAUCCGAAUCACUAUGGGAAAUUAGACCGCUUACUUUGAUAAAAAUCAAAGCCAUUAGAGCUGCAAUUAGUACUAUUGGAGUUACUUUGACAUUGUUCUGGUGGAAUUCUGGAUAG